UAAACCACGUGAUGACGUCACGUACGUCCGUACGUGCUUCGUCAAACUGGAAGUUUGUCCGCCAUUACUGCCACUCGCGCUUGCGGAACUUACAGCAAACCGCCCGACCUGACAGACCUGACCCGCCGUUCUUUUCUGCCGCCGUGCUGAUAGUGCUGGCCGCCAUAUGUUGUCCUUGGUCGUCCUACUUUGGGACUACGAGUGUUGGUACAUUGAGCAUUUAAGAUCAUUUGAGCUGACAUCUACAGGCAACUUCCUUGUGCAUCAGCUGGCAGACUUAAAAUGACACAGAAAUGGCAGCUCAAAACUUCCUUCUUCAUGUCCAUACCUCCCCAGACAUUGUCAGAAAGAUGACUUUAAGUUCACAUCCAGAAUCUGUGGAUGAGCUAAAAAUUAUGAUGAAAGAAAAGCUUAGGCUAGACAGUGACUUUAGCCUAGCAUACGAAGAUCCAGAUUUUGAUGGGCAGUUAUGUUCACUCGUAGAUAUUGAAGAACUUCCACAGAAGGCUGUACUGAAAGUGAUCAGGUCUGAGAGUGAUGCCAGUUCAGUAGCAUCAGACGACACAAUAAUAUUGCCUCAUGCCAUGACUCCAAGCAGGACUGAAAGAUGGCCUUAUGUUUUUCCAGUGCCAACUUUUUCUCAUGACGUAGAGUUCUUACUUGGUGAAGGAAAUGCUACAUAUGAGAGAACAGGGAGAACUCUUAGGUUAUCUAAGGGACAAAAGCAUGACAUUCUUGAGACCCUUGCUAACAAAAUGCAUAGCUUCACAGCAUACCCUGAGGACAAGCACUUGUCAGUAGUAGCAGAAGCACUUGUCACCAAGCAUCCCUGUCUUAAAGAGCCAGGAUCUCAGACAGGAUGGUAUGGUUGGAAAAAUAGUCUGAAGUUUAAAAUGGGAAACUACCGCAGUAAGUUGAGUCGUGCAGGGAUUUUUGAGGUAGCUGUGAAUUCUGGGAAAAGGAGCAGAAACAACCCAGACAGACAAUCUCCCCAUGCUAACAUCAAAAGACCAAAGAGGGCAGAGGUGAAUUUCCUCCCUAAUUUCCCAAGAGGUGAAGAUGCUGCAAGCCUUGAACAAUUGAGACUACAAAUCGUGGAUGAAGUGAAGAUGAGUGACAAGAACCUUCUCCUGAUUGGAAAGUUGAUGCAGACCACCUUUGCCCUGCGGCGCAAAGAGGUCAUCAGUGAUGAGUCACCUGUCGAUGAGAUCCUGGAACGCUGGCCUGCCCUCAAAAUUGAGUCACAGAGUUUCAUAGAAUCUCAAACAUCAACCUGAAGAACAGCUUCUAUGCUGAGUUGGAUCAACAUGCCCCUUGUUUUCUGAGCUUGUUCAGGAAGAAAGCUGCACACACAGGGAAAAUAGCAGAAGUCCUCAGUGAGAUUUUCAGGAUUUAUGACCUCCAGGAACAAGUUGACGUGCAUGUCAGACGUGUUGCUGUCCUCCGUGCUCUCCCUGCAUAUUUGCAUGAGGACGACUCUGGAUUUCUGAAGCAAUGGGAUAUGUCACAGUCUGACAAACCAAACAUCGACGACGUACCAGUUGGGCUCCUCUUGAUCAGUGCCAAUUCAAUAGAUGCCACAUUCUUCUGCCCAGAGAGGAUUGCAGUCGUGCUUGAGGGUAACAUGGUUAUUGAUCUCCCCACAUUCGCUGACGCAUUCAUCAUGCUUUUUGCACUGAUUUAUACACUGCAUCUGAAUUACCCAAAAGCCUUGGCCAAUACAUUUGACUUUACCCAGAAAGUCUUGAUGGGCCUGGAGGAUGGGAAGCUGAAGCCUAGGGUGUUGAGCCUUAAAAAUGCCAUUUUGGCAGUGGAGUAAUUUCAAGUGUAUGGACAAACAAAAACAAGGUUGCUCCUUUACUUGAUACACUUGCACAGGAUGCACUUGAUACACUUUUUUUUCUUUUUUGAAAACCUCUUCGAGAUCUGUUUCGACAGUAUUCUCAGUGAAUUUUGAAUAUGUUACUGAUCAAAAGCAAUGUUUGAUGUAGUGUUUGUACUCAAUGGAUAUGUAAAACUGAAAUAGCUACAGCAGUACAAAUAUCUUUUCGAAAACAUAACUGAAAUGUGUUUUGACAGUAAUGUAAAACAAACACAAUUGAUGGACCUGAAAAACAUUGUGCAGCUGGUGUUGUCCCCAUCAAUAGUAGUACAAACAAUUUUGAAUGUGUUACUGUUCAAAAGUGAUUUCUGAUGUAGUGUUUGUACUGUAUGUGUAUAACAGAAAUGGCUACAGCAGUACACAUUUUUUUUUCUUCUUUUUUUUGGUAAAAACUCUUUAUGUUUUGGAAGUAAUGUAAAACAAGUAGCUUCUUAGUAGGGCGUUCAUUUUGCUAUACUGUUUGUACUGCUGUAGCCAUUUCUGUGGUGUCGUUAAUUUAUGGGGGAUGAUCAAUGAACAGAACUGUUUAUGAUGAUA